AUGGAGUCAACCGUCUCUAAUGGACAUAAAUUUAUUUUGGUAGUCAUUGAUUACUUCACUAAGUGUGUGGAAGCAAAUUCUUAUAAAUCUGUGACGAAAAAGGUAGUGGUCAAUUUCGUUCGUAACAACUUGAUAUGUCGAUUUGGACUACCUGAUUCCAUUAUCACAGACAAUGGUACAAACCUCAACAUUCAUUUGAUGAAGGAGAUAUGUGAACGAUUAAAGAUUACUCACCAGAAUUUCACUACUCAUCGUCCUCCAAUGAAUGAAGCUGUAGAAGUUGCCAAUAAGAACAUCAAAAAGAUUUUGAGAAAUAUUAUUAAUAGUCAUAGAGUUUGGUAUGAGAUGUUACCAUAUUCUUUGUUGGUAUACCGAACAACCGUUAUAACAUCAAUCAGAGCAACUCCAUACUUUCUAGUAUAUAAUACAGAAGCAGUAAUACCCGCUGAAGUUGAAAUACAUUCAUUGAGAAUCAUUAAAGAAGGCGAACUGCGUAAUAUUGAUUGGGUUUAUAAUCGAAUUGAACAUUUAGCUUUGAUUGAUGAAAAAGGGAUAACCGCUGUUUGUCAUGGCCAAUUAUAUAAAUAG